CAGGUGCCGUACUGAUCGCCUCGAUGACAAGGCCGUCAGUUACUGUUCGUGCACGAAUGCGACCAAAUACCCGGGUAUCUUGGCGGGUUUUCGCUCGGAGCUGCGCUCACGAGACCAGCUCGGGAACGAGAAAACGGAGGUGACGUUACUGCGAAGAGGAGGAACAGUGAACGUUCGACAUUGAGAGCAACGUCCUACGUGAAACGACGAGGAAGGACUCAGCGUACGUGACAGUAGACCAGUGGAAACCUGUCGAGCACCUGGGGCUGUACAUUAGCCCAGCAUUGGCCGUGCUGAUAGGCAGACGAUUGUCAGCUGAAUGAGGCUCAUGGAACCUUUGGGUGUUGCCCUAGACGUGGUGGAGACGGGCGCAUUGAAAAAAUGGUCCGACUUCCCCGUCCAUCAUCGAUUCACAGACUACUCCAAUUCAAUCGGAGAACCCACACAUCAUACUAUAAGUCCCUUUCCAUGCCAACCAGCGAUUAACAGUAAAAUUGCGCUAUGGACGGAAGAUGUUUCUGUUCUACAAGUGGAUGCAGUGGUAAAUUCUACCAACGAAACAAUGGAUGAUAAUAGUCCUAUGUGCCAAAGAAUAUUUGCUCGGGCUGGUUCAGCACUUAAGAUGGAAAUAUUUAAUGAAGUAAAAGAAUGUAAAACUGGUGAAGUCAGAGUAACACAAGGCCACGGAUUGCCUGCACGUUUUAUUAUUCAUACUGUUGGGCCAGUUUAUAAUGUGAAAUACCAAACAGCAGCCCAAAAUACAUUACAUUGCUGCUAUAGAAAUGUUUUGCAGAAAGCAAGAGAGCUUGGAUUACGUACGAUUGCGUUACCCGUAAUUAAUUCAGUACAAAGAAAUUAUCCUCCCGAUGCGGGAGCGCAUAUUGCGCUUAGAACAGUAAGAAGAUUUUUAGAGCAAUACGGUGAUUCUAUAACAUGCAUUGUAUUUGUUCUGGAACCAUGCGAUCUUGGAAUAUAUGAAGUUCUCCUUCCACUCUAUUUCCCAAGAAACUUAGCCGAACAAGACAAUGCUUGUUGGCAACUACCGAACGACAUAGGUGGUAUGGAUGGGGAACCUUUACUUCCUGACCGACAGAUCAGGAUCAUUGACAAUCCACAACAUGCUUUACACGGUGAUGAAAAUGUAGAAUUGUCCGCGCAAUUAGAGACAUCCGUAAAUAUUGGCGAACAUGCGUUUGCGCAAAUGCAGGGUGACUUGGAUCGGCAGAGACUCCUUGGGGAGAGACCACCUGCUGAUCCACUCGCGGAUAUAAUGUUAAAACAAAUGCAGCAGAAAGAAAGAUAUGAGAGGCUGCUCAGAAGAGCGAAGACAGAGGAUCUCUCUGAAGUUUCAGGAAUAGGUUGCCUGUAUCAGAGCGGAGUUGAUCGUCAGGGUCGACCUGUAGUCGUAUUCGUCGGCAAAUGGUUCCCUGCGACUAAAAUCAAUCUCGACAAGGCGUUGCUGUAUCUGAUACAGUUGUUGGAUCCAAUUGUAAAAGGCGACUACGUUAUCGCUUAUUUCCACACGCUAACGACCAGCGGUAACUACCCUAGCUUGCACUGGUUACGAGAAGUAUACAACGUGCUUCCCUACAAGUAUAAGAAGAAUCUUAAACACUUCUACAUUAUUCAUCCGACUUUCUGGACCAAGAUGAUGACAUGGUGGUUCACGACGUUCAUGGCACCAGCCAUCAAACAGAAAGUCCACAGUUUACCCGGAGUGGAGUACCUUUAUGAAGUUAUGUCGCCAGAGCAGCUAGAAAUCCCAGCGUAUAUUACAGAAUACGAUAUGACGAUAAACGGGAUGAGGUAUUACCAACCGGAUCCAAUCUCCUCGUCACCGUCGACGUCUACGUAACUCUUCGACAGAAAUUGCCAGCCUGCGAAGCACUGGAUCGAAGAAAGUCGAAUCGACUGUUCCGGAUAGUACGGUUUCGUGCGUGUUUCCUCUACGACCAUCUCGAAUGCCCGCUUCCGCAGAAAAGCGCGUGUCCGACACGCGAAACCUUCGGUCGACUAUCAACGAGAUAACUCGUCGAUGAGGAGGGCUCCUCCAAAGCACCAAGGCAUCCGCGUCGCUUCGAAGAAGUGCCUCGCGAUGGAUGGACCGUGAAAUAGGAAAAGAAAAAAAAGAUACGUCGGGUGCUUCGCGUGUUUGUUCGCCAGUCGUUCGUUGAAGAAUCAAGAAACCACUGCCCUUCGUCAUCGCGUGUUUAUUGCUGGAAAUAAUAGCUUCUCCGAUUGGCUUAGAUCUCGCUGAAGUUGAUUUUGGACAAUCUUAGACAGACACCAAAAGAAUGGAAGGAUCUGAGGUGGUUUUAAGGAGGAUUGAAAAUUGUUAUUCGCUGAGAGGUGCGAGUGUCGGCUGCCAAAAACACCAAUAAUCAGUAUUCUCGUCGUUGUUAUGAUAGAGAGGAUAUUUACCCUUGAAUGUUAAUGCUGUUCGUGGAUUCAGAACGAUAAAGACAGGGUCACGAUACGUCGAAUAGAAAGAGAGUUGACGACAUUAUUGUAGAGUUUCAAAUCAGACGGCUUAAUAUACGAACUGUCGAUCGCUUUCCUUUUAUUUUCUUAUCCGUCGUUGUACAGCGAAAGAGUUUAUUCGAUUGAACGUAUGUAUGUAUUGAUAUUUUAUUAUGUCAAGUCGUUGAUGAAUAAACGUCGAAUAUUUUCGAUAUACGAUAACACAGAGCUGUAUACGUAAAAUUCUGUGAUCCAUUGGAUUAAUGGAUGAUGCUGGGUGAUAUACAGAUUUAUAAUCAGCCUGUGUAUCGUUCGAUUUGUUAAGAUUACAUGAAAAUGAUCUGUAAAGACAGACAAUUUACCUUCAUCGCCGAUGACGAAUUCAAUUCAGACAAUGGUCUUGAUUCAUUCAUUAAAGAUUAUCAUCUAAUUUUAGUAGAGUUGUUUCGUUAAUUAGACUCGUUUCACAAAUUAGACAAUAUUAAUAAUACAUUAUAUUUCCCAUAUAAAAAAUGUUCAAAUAAUUAUUUAUUUUCACUUGUAUAUUCAAGAUGAGUGUUGAGGUUCCGUAUUUUAGUGCUAAUGAAUUAAUCACUCGUUAUUGCUUUUUAAUUACAAUUUAAUACCGACAGUCUACUGCCAGAUGGCUAUAAAUACAAUUGUUUCAUUUAGAUUUUAAACAAUCUGUGAUGCCGUUAAUCGAGUUACAUCGUAACCGUCUAACGUUCUGCUCGUGCCAAUAAAAAAAACUGCAAUUUUC